AUGUCUGUGUCCAGUUUGAUCAACAGUCAAGAUGGGCAUAUACCCGCCUCAAAGAGAAUUCCAGCCAUUGCUAGGCCCUCCAUUAGCGACCGGGCAAAACAUGCUCUCGAUAUCGUGGAGAAAUUCGUUGAAGAAGAAUGCAUCCUGGCAGAUGCCAUAUUUGAGCAACAACUCGGUGAAGAACAGUCCAAGAAGGGGCCUCAAUUCAGUACAUUAGAAUAUGGACUCAUGGCAGAGUACCUUGGGAAGAGCCGCACCGCAAGCGAGGCAACGAACUGCUCUGCCCCAGACACUGGUAACAUGGAAGUCCUGGCUAAAUAUGGUACCGAAGCCCAGAAGAGUCGAUGGCUCACCCCACUGCUUAACGGUGAGAUUCGCUCGGCCUUCCUCAUGACGGAGCCGGAUGUCGCCUCGAGUGACGCCACAAAUAUCGGCCUACAGAUGUACAAAGAUGGCGAUUACUGGGUACUAAACGGCCAGAAAUGGUGGAGUAGUGGAACAGGCAAUGUUCGCUGCAAGAUCUACCUUGUUAUGGGCAAGUCGGACCCUUCAAACACAACUAGGUACAAGCAGCAUUCUGUCAUCCUUGUGCCGGCCAAUACGCCUGGGCUGACAGUAUCGCGGGUGCUCUCGGUCAUUGGGUUUGAUCACGCCCCUGAAGGCCAUGGUCAUGUCAGAUUUGACAACGUACGAGUUCCAGCAGAAAACAUGAUCCUCAGUGAAGGUCGAGGAUUUGAAGUCGUUCAAGGUAGACUCGGCCCAGGACGCAUCCAUCAUGCUAUGCGGUCAAUUGGUGGAGCCGAGAGAGCUCUCGACUGGUUUCUCUCGCGUAUCAGUGAUCCUACAAAGUGGCCGUUCGGCCAACGGCUUGCCGACCAUGGAAUAAUGCUUGAGCGAGUAGCACAAAGCCGCAUGGAGAUUGACUCUGCUCGCUUGGUCAUUCUCAACGCGGCGAUCAUUAUCGAUGAGUUGGGCGGUAAAGGUGCACUGAAAGAGAUCGCCGAAGCGAAGGUUCAGUCCGCAUCUGUGUUGCUAAAUGUUGUUGACCGCGCCAUCCAGGCCUAUGGCGCCGCCGGUGUGAGCCAGGACACACCUCUGGCGGCUUUGUGGGCACAUGCGCGCACAAUGCGCAUUGUGGAUGGCCCAGAUGAAGUUCAUAUGCUUCAACUCGGCAGGAAUGAAAGCAAAAGAGGAGACACACUCCGAGCAAGGAUUGAGACACAGAAAGUAAAAGCAGCGCAGUUGUUCAGGCGAUACCACCUUGAACAGGUUGAUAGCCUGGAGCUCAACAGAACUCCUGCAAAGGCUUAUUUGUAA